CUUCCCUCUAAUCUACAGUCUCAUCUCAGAGGUCAGAAGUCAGUUUACUCCUGUUUCUCUCUAUAUCUCACUUUCUACCCAUUACGCUCUUCGGUCCUUCAAAACCCUCCUCUUCUGUGAGCAUCAGAUCCAAAAUUAAUUUGCACUAUAAGUGCAGGGACGGGAGCAUUGUCAAGACUGCUUCACAACUCAGAACCACAAUUGCUCAAAUAGAGGGAUACAUGGGAAAGCGAUCACAUGCCGAAGACAAGAAGAAUCUCACAGACGGACAAAACAAACAUGAGAAGUGUGAAAGUGGCAGCCACAGGGCGGUGGUAAGAGGCGGGUUUAUCUCCUCUGUCUCCGAAGCAUCUCUCCACGCUAACGGCCCCUUUAAGAAAGCAGCACCGAACACUGACGAAAUUUCCUCGGCCCUGCUCCAUGGCUCCCUGCCCGUUUCUGAGAAAUCAACAAGAGACGAAGGCAGCAAGCUAGUAUCUGUAAGCUCUGGGCAAACGGUGCUAGUCACGGCAGCUCUCUCCAGUCAGGAGGGGGACGCAACUGGUUAUUUUCUUUCACAGUAUUUCCCCUGCCAACACUCAGCAGGACACGACGUUUAGUCGGUGGACGGAGAUACAAGCGGAUAUUAUCGGGAUGGAUGGACCGAGUGAGCAGCUUUUCACCGUGGGACUGGCGCUAAUAUAGACGUCCUGAGCAGCAGGUGUACUGAAGGAUAACACAGACUAAAGGCAAUCUCAGUGUUCAUGAAACUUUGCUACGAUUUACGUGCUGGGGUUGCCGUCCGCCAUGUUAAGGUAAAGCCCAGGUGCGCGGUGUUGACCAUGCUAAAGCGCCUGGACAAGAUCCGCUUCAGAGGCCCCAGGACGAGAGAAGACUUCCCGGAUCUGGCCGAGUCGCCGCCCGCCUCCGACAACGAAUGUAGCGACGAAGUGCAGCUGAAGCCCAGACCAUCUCUGCGAGAGACGGAGGAGAUCCUGCGAGACCCUGCUGGUUCGGGGUCUCCCACCAUGGCUGCGGCCAUCCAGGACUUCCAGAGGUCGGAGUCAGACCGACUCAACGAAGUCAAAGGUCACCUGGAAAUUGCCUUACUCGAGAAACAUUUCCUACAGGAGGAGCUGAGGAAGCUGCGGGAAGAGACCAAUGUGGACUCUCUGCGGCAGGAGCUGGACAGAGAGCGGAGCAAGAGGAUAGACCUGGAGCAGAAGAUGAACGAGGUGCUGAAGACCAGGCUGGAAGACUCUCCACCACAGCCUCCCCGGAAACAGCAGUCGCCCUCCAACAAUGGAACAGACAAACAGCAGAAAGAGGUGUGGAGUUCGCGGCUGCAGAAGUGGGUGUACGAGCGCUUCGGGGUCUACAUCGAGGACUUCCGCUUCCAGCCGGAGGAGAGCACGGUGGAGGCUGAGGAACCACUAAGUGCUAAAAGGUUAACAGAAAAUAUGAGGCGACUCAAGCGAGGAGCCAGACCUGUCACCAACUUCUUGAGGAACCUCUCCGCCUUAUCCAAUUGGCACUCCGUCUACACCUCAGCUAUUGCCUUCAUAAUCUACAUGAAUGCUGCUUGGCAUGGCUGGGCCAUUCCCAUGUUACUCUUCCUGGCUAUCCUGCGCUUGUCCUUAAAUUACCUCAUUGCCAGAGGUUGGAGGAUCCAGUGGAGCAUUGUGCCUGAGGUCUCUGAACCCACGGAGCCUCCGAAGGAAGACUUGACUGUAUCGGAGAAGUUCCAGCUAGUACUUGAUGUCGCACAAAAAGCACAGAACCUGUUUGGGAAAAUGUCAGAUGUUUUGGAGAAGAUAAAAAACCUGUUCAUGUGGGUGCAGCCGGAGAGCACCCGGAAACUUUACAUCUGCCUGUGGGUGGCUUUCAUCACCUCCUGCGUCCUUCCAUACAAACUAAUGGGCUUCAUGAUGGGCCUGUAUGCCGGCAUCAAGUUCUUCAUCAUAGACUUCCUGUUUAAGAGCUGUCCGAAGCUACGGGACAAGUACGACACGCCGUUCAUCGUGUGGAACAGCCUUCCCACAGACCCUCAGCUCAAAGAGAGGACCAACGCCACUGUGUCCCGGCGGAUUCAGCCGGUGGUUUCUCGCAGCAGCCUCGCCACGGUCCCGUGCGGGCUGAGCAGGGAGGAGGACACGGGGAGCGCCCGCAGCACCAAGAAGGGAGCCUUCCACGAGAUCUUCAGCCUGCUGGAGUCAGAGCGCCCUCUGGCGGUGUGUGAGAACGGCUGGAGGUGCUGCCUGAUAAACAGAGACAGGAAGAUGCCCACAGACUACAUCAGGAAUGGAGUGCUCUACGUCACCGAGAAUUACCUGUGCUUUGAGAGCUCCAGCUCCAGAUCCAGCUCCUCUAAGAAGAAUAAGGUUAUCAAGCUGGUGGACAUCACUGACAUACAAAAGUACAAAGUGCUGUCCGUCCUACCAGGAAGUGGGAUGGGCAUCUCCAUAGCUACUCCUUCCACUCAGAAGCCAUUGGUGUUUGGUGCUAUGAUCCACAGAGACGAGGCUUUCGAGGCCAUCUUCACCCAGUACAUGAAGAUCAUGACCACCACCAAACCUCCGGCCACCGCCGAGCUCUAGACAGCCCGUAUCCCAGCAACAGACCUCCAUACUGGGGCUAAAGUGGAGCGGAGAGCCUCCUGAGAUUCAACUGGACUGGAACACACUUCUUGAAAAACAAACCCACCACACUCCUCCUCCCUUGGUGGAUUUCCUGCUUGGAGGGGACAUGCGAGUGUGUGUGUAGCUGGGAUUAAGUUACAUCACACACUUUGUUGAUUGUGUUGGAUUAAAAAAUCCAAGUUCUGAAGAGGAGCGAGGAUCGGUGUGGCUUGUGGGGGGGGGAGCUGGUUCUCCUCUCCCACCUCACUGACUGGCUGACUGGAUUCCUGACGUACUUGUUUCCGUGCUUGCAUGUGUGAGUGUGUGCGGGCAGAAAUGAUGGUCUUAAAUAGCGUCAAGUGGCUCUGUUUUUUCUCCUAAGUCAAGGAGUGACUUCUACUGUGGUAGGAAGAUUUCUAGUAGUGCUCAACUUGGCCGUCAAACGAACAUCCUAAAGCAAAUAGAAGACAAACAAGAGGUUCUUUUAACUGCCAGACAUCUGUAGGAACAAAUGUUAGCUUUAUAAUUCAGCGCAUAAACAACUACUGAUGUUGAAAUAUUUAGACAGCUGGCUGAUCGGUGCCUAGUGGCUUAGCCCGACUAAAUUAUAUGAGUGUGAGGUGUUUAAAAAAAAUGUGUUUAGCUGUGAAGUUGUCACAGAGCCUUUCUGUUAGUUUACAUUGCUGCUGCCGUCUAAUUAUUUUUCCUUUUUUCUAGACACAUUUCAGCAGCGACGCUAUGUUUUAGUCUUCUCUGUUGAAGUAACAGACGAUGUACGCAGCAUCCGCUUCGGUGUUCGUAAGUGUACGUACGUGAAACGUGUCGUGACAUGUUUUUAUUCUUUUAAAAAUGCCUUUCUUUUGAAGAAAAUGUCUCUUUGUAACAAACAGCCUUUGGGACUGCUGAUCCUGGAGCUGCUGAUUGCGUCCAAGACGAGAGCACAACCACUGUUAGACGUUUGAAACACUGACUGCCAUUUAAACUAGAUCUAAGCUAAUCCGCUUCUCUUUUCAAGGCACAACCUGUACAUAUAUAGAGAGAUUUUCGUUUUUCUUCUAUUGAUGGUAUUCUCCCUGCACUUUACUAGAACUUUAACUGGAUAUAUGUUGCAGACUCGACUUUAAAUGCUCAUAAAUUCAGCUGGAAUCCAUGGUCAGUGUUGGCAAAUAGUCUCAAACUGCCACUUGUGUUAUGUAUUUCUCUAUUUGUCUGUCGACUUGAGCCAGCAGCUCUCACAUCCUGCUGGUCUCAGUGCAUAGUAAAUGAGCACUGUAUUAGUACACAGAUAGCCAGGAAACCUUCAAACUGGCCAUAAAAGAACAAGGUACUUGAAUGAAAUGAAACGACUGGUUUAUGUUCCGCUAAGUCCUCUAAAACAGAGUUAUUUUAGCCUUUGAAUUAUAAAUCAAACCUUAAAUAUCCAUAUGAAUCUUUCCGAUUGGGUGAUUUCACUUGCAUAAAUACACAGGUGGUCAAGCUGCUUGAGGUCACAUAAGCAGUAACAAAAACAUGUGGAUUUAUUUGUGUAAAUCCAUUUUUAAAAUCUAAAUCUUUUUGCUUUUUUCCCACUUAUGUUAUGCCACAUGUGUAGGGUGCUCUUCCACUUGUUCCAGAUCAUUUCAAUGUAAGCUUUUUUUUUAAAAAUAUGGAUAAAGGUCGAACAGAAAGUCUCAACGUCACUUUAUUUUAAAGACGCCGUUCGCGAGAAUAAAGCCGGUCUUUACUCUCGCGGAAUGGUUUUGAUGUGUAGAAAUACGAUGCCAAAUUACAUCAGACACGUCUCUGUGUUUUUGGAGAGGGAUGGAGAUAUGAUACGGGACAGCAGGUCGUGAUUUCUCGUCGGAUUUUAGAGACAGAGUAGCUAUUCCACUGUACGCCCAGCAGCACAAGAUUUAGUUUCUUAUAUGUAAAUCUUUCAAAAAACACUGUUAAAAAGGGAGACCUUGACUUUUAUAUUUUUGUUUUAUUCCGGUCAUUUUUACCCACUGGAUACUUCUAAAUCACACAUGAAAUUAUUAUUUCCCGGACUUAAAAAUGUCAAGGUUUCUCUCAAAGUCUAUACAAGUCCUCUUAUCAUCAUUAGAAGCAAAUUAGCUGGAUAUGAAGUUGCCUUGGAAGCAAUGGACCAGUUCAUAGAACCACUUUAUUAUUUUUAGUUAAAACUAAUUAAGGAUGGAGUAUUUUCUUUGACAUCCAUCUGUUUGAUUUGGCCUUUUAUGAAGAGGCCGCCUUUCCCAGGCAUGGAUUUUUCUAUUUUUGUUGAGGAAUAAAUUGGAUCCAUGAGCAGGGGGAUAUUAGAGCAGGUGAACGCUGUCUCACUGUGUGAUUUGAUGGCUCGUUGUAGUCUCUAAAGCUUUUACCUGACGCCUUUUGUAAUCUGUUAACUCUGAUCGCAGACCCUAACAAGGCUGCGAUCAGAAAAGCACAGAAUGUAUCACUUUAAAUGUACAAAUAUAUAUUUUUCUUUUGCCAAAUCUUUCAUUUUCUGUCUGCCAUAUUCUGCCUAAGCUCAUGUUUACAGAAUUGUUCUCUUUCUCGUAACCCAGUUUGAAUUCCUUUGACUCCGGAGUUAUGAAGACUGGACUGCUGUUCUUGAAUAAAUGACUCUGUUCUCAUUGGCUCCUCCACCAGUCACAUGACUAUUUCUGCUCACCUUUUAACCAAUAGAAAAACUUCAAUCGUUGCGACAACAAAAGCAGUAUUUUAAAACAUCAGUGUGUUAUUUUGGUCAUAUCUAACAUCACAGUACUUAGUAACAGUGUAGUGGAAGUAAAACGUGCUUCAUACAGAGCAGAUAUGGUCAUUGUGGACUGAAAAGGCAAACAUCAGUGUUUUUGACAGUUUGUCUAUUGUGACCUCACGAGUGCAGAGAAAAGCAGAAAUAUUAUAAAAGUUCAACAUUUUUUUAAAGAAAUCAAUGUGUGCAUAUUACUGUAAGGACACUGGAGAAAGGCUUCAGCUCAUUUUAAAGAAACCGUGCAACAUUUUGGGAAAUGUUAAAGCUAAUGCUAGCAGCCGCUUAGCUUAGCAACUGUACUGGCUGUAGCUUAACAUGGAAAUGUGAUCGUUUGUUGUUCAGUUGAAAUGUUGUAGUCACUUUUUAUAGUUAUUACUUUUUAAUCCAAGCUAAAUACGUUCUUGUUUAAUUGCAUUUCAACACAUAGGUCAGAAGCCUUAACUACAGCACUAGCUAUUGUGAAAAAAAAAGUAAACCUUCGUUAUAUAAUUUUUAAACAGUGAGAGCAUACAAAAUAUCCACAUAUUCCAUAAUAUUCCCAAGUGUUUAGCUGUUAUCACACCUGUCUACAAACAUUGUUUGACCUGGGAUGGUUAAAAGGACAUUUUUGUUUCUUAAAGGCCACUAAAAGCAGCACAUAACAAUAUUAAUGUGUGGUCAGACCCAAAGCAGAUUCUCACCUCGGUAGCUACAUGAUUGUUUGAGACAUUUAGUUUUUAAUAAGCUUUUAACCAAUUAACCUUUUUGAAUUGACAGCAGCGCUUUCAGUCACCAGUACGGAGAUUCAGUGAUAAAAAUGAGUCUGUAUAUUAGCUUAAAAAUACUAGAAAGCUACGAAUGUUUCUCAAAAUGUCAAAAUAUGUUUGAGAGUGUACCUGCCGUUAUUAGAACUUGUCAAAAACAGUGGUGUUGUCCUCUAAAUGUUCCCCAGCGUUGAAGCUGCUGUCCUCGCUGUUGUGUUAAUGAUAUCGCUCCUUUAACUGUGUUACUGUUGAUUAAGGGGUUUUAAAAGCAUUUUAAUCAUCAAGACCGAGUACAGCACUCACUGUACCAGAGACACAUUGUCUCAAGGCUUCAAACAGCCUAACAUCAUUUAUUUUAUAACAUUUAAAAAUGAAUCCUGUCCAGUCCUGUUUUAUGGACUGCGUCAUAAAACUCGGUACAGUCAGAUAUUGGAGAAACACUGCAGUCAUUACAGCAUUUUAUUCGUUUGUCAUCUGUGACUUCCUCUUUGUUUUCUCCAAUUUUCUUUUGUCAAAGAGGAAUUUGUAUACAAAUGAUUGAAAUGUACAGUGAAUAAAACAAAAACCACUGAGUUUUUAAGAGACAUGUCUAUUGUAAAGGAUAAUGUAAUGUACAUUUUUUUAAUUUAAGUAAAUGAAUUUAAGGUA